AUGCCUUUUUUAGGCAGAGGCCGCCAGGCGGAAGAAGACUCAGGAGGGGUACAGAAGGUCCCCAAAGCACGCAGCAGCGCUUCACUUCCCGGUCUCUCGAAGAUCGUCAGCCCGCUGCCACUGAAUCACAGCUUCAGUCUGGCCUCGCCAAAGAGCAUGCUCGACGAAUUCAUUCAUCGCAGGAGCCCUCCUUCCCAAAGCCCCGAGCGCGAUUCGACGACAAACCACCCCAAGAAAUCCGCUAUCCUUCAUAUCCUCUCAAGCCCGAUCGUGCACAAUUCACCAGCAGAAAACCAGCCGCACCCCAACUUAGGGUCGUUAUACCAGCAGGAGAACCUAGAAAGAACGAGAAGCGAAACCGGAUUCCUGGAUUACGACGAGUCAACAAAGACAUCGGAUUCAGAUCUCCUCAGCUCUCCCCAGACCCCAAAGAGAGAAGAGGUGGUCGGUACAGGGUUGAGAGAUCAGCUCAUGACGAUGGAAGAAAUACAAGCCGACGUCAAUACCCUUAGGAAGAAGCUCGCCCUGGUAGACCAACCGAGCUUGACGACACUCAAGAGCAAAGACGACAGCAACGGCAUCAGAACCUGGGCGCAGGACGCAAUGCGGGACAUUACGAACAAGGGCAACGAGGUGAAACGGACGUGCGCUUCCACACGCAUCACCACCACUACUGGAUACGCCCAGACCAUGUCAACCUCCCACCUCAAACCAGAUUACGACUCACAGACAGGUCUUCAACAGAGGCGCAAAGCGAACCGCACGAUUCAGAAACUUCGAAGCUUGGGGACAACGCCAGGCGCGUUGGAGAUUUCUCAGGAGAAUCGUGGGCGGAGUACCUGGCCGAGAUCGGGGUCUGCAACAGAGACUCGAGCAAUCGAUACUAUAUCGAGACACCAAGAGCUCACAGAGCGGUACCCAGAACUACCCCCCGAGACUUGUGUUUCCAACAAAGAGCCAGAACCGACGUCAGAGGUGCCCGCGGCUAGUCUCCAGUGCAACAGUCUGUCCACAUCAACUUCUACGAUGGAGUUGGGCGACGUGGGAAACACGACAGCGGCAGACACCCUCCAGGAGGACAAGACCUGCAAGAACCCGGAAUACCUUCUCAGACAGAGGCUGGAACACGGCACAGAAGCCAACAAUCAGACAAUGGACCUGACAGCGCACGUGCCAGGCAGCUUUCCCACUCGUCUCAACGCCGAAGACGGCAUCGCAGAUCCUUCCAGUAAUGGAUAUGGCAAAGACGGCAGACGAGGAUUAUGGGAUGCUAUCAAGGAGGUCUCGAAUGCGGUGAAGGGGUGUUGCAUAUGGAUUUUGAAACUGUACUGGCGAACGGUGCAGCCUGUCUUUGAUUCAAGAUCGGAGUACUGGGUGCGAAAUGGCCAGGCCAACAACUGGAGGGACUUGGCAAGAUUUGCUCUUGCAUUUCCCUUGAUAUUCAGCAUGGUGGUGCUCUUGGUGUGGAUUAUGGAGUUCACGACUAUCAUGAAGCGUUGCAUGAAUGAGUAUGAGGACGAGAGAAUGGAAUGUUUGGUUGUUGGAACGUUGGCCAUGUUUCGGCGGAGCCUGACCGGAGUGUAA